UACAAAAGCGGAUAAUGUUGGCCUAUAAGGAAAUGUCAGCCAAGACGCCACGACGUCUGUCUCCCAUCUGGUUUCUGGUUCUUUCACUGCUUCUGUUUGUGACCACCCUAACGGCUGUGGCCCUGAUCGAAGCUGGACGAGAACAAAGCCAUUCCAGCGGGGAAAGUGACCUUGUGAUUCUAAGACGCAUGUGGAGUCACUUCAGUGGAGGAGCUGAGAAUGAAACGGAAGUGGCCACCGUGGAACGUAUUGCCAGGGAGGCCAACAACACAAGUACUUCCGCUCGCGAGGGAAGGGGUUACUACGAGGAGCAACAGGCUGUGGUGGUGAAUGAGGAGCGAAUGGACACUCCCAUGAGCCAACGACAGAACGCUUUCGGUCCGCCUCAAAGCAGGGAGGACUCAUACGAACAGGAUCCCUAUUACGAUGCAGCAGAUGAUUACGGUCCUGGGCAAUACCCCUAUCCGGAGUCCCGCCAACAGUCAGCGGAGGAGGAGCAGUUCUACGAUAAGGACGAUUCCUCUGCGGGAGCUGAGCAGGGAAGAGCGUCUCAUGGGCGCCCGUAUGACUCCUAUUAUGCCCCUUGGUCGCGACCCCAAAACCCAGCUCCGGUGGCCACACAUCCCACUGCUGAGGGAAACAACAGGAAGCUGCAAGCUUCCCCCAACAGAUCACCAUAUCCGGCUUACGAUGAUGUUUACGACUACCCCAUGGGCUUCCAGCCACGCCCACACGUUGGACCUUCAAUGGCCAAGCAGGCCGAACCCGUAACUGAAAAUUCAGUGUCCACAGUUCAGACUGAAUCCACCCUGGUUACCGUAUUGAAGAGCCUAAAACAAAUAUGGGAUCUGUACCAGGCCUUGAUGAGUGCCUGGAAUGCAGUUAGUGAGCGACACCAGCAGAGCACCGAAAAGUUCCGAAAAGAACAGGCGGAGAAGCAGGCCGAGAAGGAUCGACUGCGUCAACAGCAACAGAAGAAGACGAGGAUCAACUCAAAGAAACCGCCACGAAUGGAAGGCGACAAGAAGAACCAAAACAAAAAGCCUACCACGACGACAACCAAGUCCACAACCACUUCCACGACCACAGCUUCUCCGGAGAGCUCUGAGGAGGAGACGGAAGAGAAAGUGGAGAAGGUGACGCCAUCUACAAGUAUAGCGGUGCGAAAGGGGGACAAGGGCAGUGUUAGAUCUGUGCGGGGGCUGCGCCAGAGACGUGACGCUGAGGCCGAGGAAAAAGCUGACACGGAUGUGGGCGAAGGCCGCUACAUCAAGGGUGAUCCUCUCAAGGGAUACUACGAUUUCGUCAUCACAGAGGGUUCCUACAAGUUCUGGGCUGUCUUUCAGGUGGGCACCGCUCUUCUGAUUAUCUACUCGACAUUCGCUGCCAUUUACUACUCCAAGGUAAACCCGUUGACCAGUGAUUACGAUUAUACGGAUUACUUGGGAGGAGUGCGUUCCCUGUCCGGUGGCGAUGCCGAUUUUGUCGAUGAUGGUGAUGCGGUAGAACCACCAGUGUCCACAACCUCCCGCAUAAUGGAAUGGAUUCCAAAGACGACGCAGUCGAUCAAGUUCAUCCUAGACGCGAUUGACAAAAUGCCACUGGAUCAAGACAAGGACAAAGAGCCGGGAUGGUCUGCGGGGAAAACGGAGGCGGAAACGGCAAUGAGAUAAGGGACUGUUUACAAUUUGUUAA